AGAGCCCUCUACAGGGACGUCAUGCAGGCGAAUUAUGAGAUUGUGACCUCACUGGGACUCCCCAUUCCCAAACCUGACCUGAUUGUCCGGCUGGAAGCAGGGGAAGAGCCGUGGGUCCCAGAUCUUCCGGCCUCCGAGGAAAGGAAGUUCUCAAGAGGCACUUGCACAGGUGAUGAGACAAUGAGUGAGAAUGAGGAUGGGAAUCUACUGCAGGAAUGUCCUGAACAAGUGGAACUGCAGGGGACAUUACUGAAAGAAGCUGAAGGGAAUUUUUCCCAGUGCUUGGAACAGAGAAAAGGCUGGAGUAAUUGGCAUAGGUCAGAGAGGAAGCUGGGAAACUGCCAAAGGAAUAAAGUGUCUGAAUCUAUUGGAUGUGGGGGAGGAGGCAAGGAUUCCAAAGAAACCACAGUUCAGCAGACAAAUGAGAACGAAAAGAACCCCUAUACAUGCUUGGACUGUGGGAAAAGCUUCAGUCAUCGCUCAAAUCUGACUAGACAUGGGAGAAUCCAUACUGGAGAGAGACUUUAUAAAUGCUUAGACUGUGGGAAAAGCUUCAGUCGGAGCUCAAAUCUUAUUAGCCAUAGGAUAAUCCACACAGGAGAAAAACCCUAUAAAUGCUUGGACUGUGGGAAGAGCUUCAGUCAGCGCUCAGGCCUUAUUAACCAUGGCAGAAUCCACACUGGAGAGAACCCCUAUAAAUGCUUGGACUGUGGGAAAAGCUUCAGUCAUCGCUCAAAUCUUAUUAGACAUGGGAGACUCCACAUGGGCGAGAGACUUUAUAAAUGCUUGGACUGUGGGAAAAGCUUCAGUCGGAGUGCAAAUCUUAUUAGCCAUAGGAUAAUCCACACUGGAGAGAAACCCUAUACAUGCUUAGACUGUGGGAAGAGCUUCAGUCGGAGCUCAAAUCUUAUUAGCCAUAGGAUAAUCCACACUGGAGAGAAACCCUUUAAAUGCUUGGACUGUGGGAAGAGCUUCAGUCAGCGCUCAGGCCUCAUUAGCCAUGGCAGAAUCCACAUGGGAGAGAACCCCUAUAAAUGCUUAGACUGUGGGAAAAGCUUCAGUCGAAGCUCAAAUCUCAUUAGCCAUAGGAUAAUCCACACUGGAGAGAAACCCUAUAAAUGCUUGGACUGUGGGAAGAGCUUCAGUCAGCGCUCAGGCCUUAUUAACCAUGGCAGAAUCCACACGAGCAAGAACUCCUAUAAACGCGACUGUGGGAAGAGCAUCAGUCAGUGCUCAGGCCUUAUUAGCCAUGAGAGAACCCACACAGAAGAGAGACCCUAUAAAUGCUUGGACUGUGGGAAAAGCUUCAGUCGGAGCUCAAAUCUUACUGUUCAUAGGAGACUGCACACGGGAGAGAGACCCUAUAAGUGUUUGGACUGUGGGAAAAGCUUCAGUCGGAGGGCACAUCUUAUUAGACAUGGGAGACUCCACACUGGUGAGAAACCCUAUAAAUCCAUGGUUCUCAAACUUUAACAACCCAAGGUCACCCCUUUUGAUUUAAAAAUUUGCAUGGACAUCGCCCCCCGGCCACGACUCAGCCACAGGCCCCGCCCCGCUCUACCCCUUCUUCCAACCCCCCACCUCUGCCCCUCCUCUUCCCUGCCUCUUUUUGCCCCCUCCCCCAAACACUCCCCAUCCCCACUCCUCCCUCUCCUGCCCAGUGCCUCCUGUACACCACUGAACAGCUGUUUUGCACACCGCAGGAGGCACUGGGAGGGAGGGGGAGGAGUUGAUCAGCGGGGCCAGCGGCCCCGGACAUGACUCGUUGACCCACUGGAGUACCCUUGUGGACCCCUGGACCCCAGUUUGAGAAACCCUGCUAUAAAUGCCUGUACUUCAGGAAGAGCUUCAGUUAUUGCUCAAGUCUUAAUUAACCAUGAGAGAAACCAUACAGGAGAGAGACCCUGUAAAUGCUUGGACUGAGGUAAAAGCUUCAUUCAGCGCUCAGGCCUUAUUAACCAUGGGAGAAUCCACAUGGGGGAGAGACCCUGAAAAUGCCUGCAGUGUGAGAAAACUUUCAGUGCACCAUCAGCCCUUAUUAUGCAUCAGAGAACCCACAUGAGAGAAAAUCCCUAUAAAUACUUGGAUUGUGGGAAAAGCUUUAAUCAUUUCAUGUCUGAGAACCCACACAGGAGAUAAAACCUGUAAGUGCCUGUACUGUGGGAAAAGCUUCAAUGAGCUCAAAUCUUCUUAUACAUCAGACAAUCCACAUGAGAGAAAUCCCAUAAAUGCUUAGAUGAUGGGAAAAGCUUCAGUCCUAGAUCAUACCUUACUAAACAUUUCAGAAUCCACAUGGCACAGUAUCUAUAAAUGCCUUGACUGUGGAAAGAAAUUAAUUUGAAGAUCAAACCUUACUUCACAUCAGACAAUCCACAUGGGAGAGAAAAUCCAUAAAUACUUGGACUGUGGAACUAGCUUCCAUAACUUCAGCAAAAGAGUCAUAUGAACUCCAUCCAAUAAUUCACAGAAGAAAGACUUGAAUGUGUGGGGAAGCUUCAUUUCAUGCUCACACAGCAUCAAGCAUCAGCAAAUUCACAGAAGGAAGAGGCCUCUCAGAUAUCCUUAGCUCCAACUGAACCUUUUUCCAUGCUAACACCACAUUGGGCAUCAGAGACUCCUCCACAGAGGAGAGAAAUUCUCUCAGUGCCAUGACUAGGACUGGCUAUAGUAAAAACUCCAUUUCCUAAUUCCCACAUGCAGCAAUGGCAUUUGUCUCCCAGGUAACCAGCUGCCCAGCAGCCGCUGACCCUGAGCUGUUCCAGGACCCUCUGGCUUUGCCUGGUCUAAGAAAACUCCAGGCAGAGGCGGAGGAGAAGUCCUUAUCAGCCCCUCCCUGCUGCAGUCCUGGCUGCUGAACUGAUGGACCUUCCUGCCUCCUGCUCACCUGCUGUGGGAAGGGAGAGAGAAACUCCUCCAGAAGGUCCCUCUUCCUGAAUUAAGUUACACCUUCUCUCUUCCCUUCCCCAACAUGAUGCCUCGCGCAUGGAGACUAGGAGAGGGAUACUUAGGCCAGGCACCACAUUCACUCUGGACACCUGUCCCCACCCCCAUUUUCCUGCAGCCCCUGAGCUGGUUUCCCCCACUUACCUGGAGCUGGUACUUGCAGAGUGAGUAACACUGGGGCUGACAACUCUCUUCCUCUCCCUAAAUCCCCAAAGGUGCUGGGUUCCAGGGAAUCAAAUGUGAAGGGACCAGGAGGGAUGGGUUUUGGGGAGGAAACUGGGGGAUUCAGUGGUUGGGUCUGGUGGAUGUGGGAAGCAGAAGGUGUUUGGGUGCCAGGAAGAUCGUAUGUUAGGGAUCAUGGGACAAGAGAGGAGAGUCCAGGGAAGAGAGGUGCUGCCUCUUAUCACUCACCCCCUCUGCCCCUUUUCCCUGCCCCCUUUGAAUUUAGAAAGCACCAGUAGCUUACUUUGACAGGAUAUAGCACAGCUCUAUUGAGGACUUAAGGAGACAAAAGAUCUUUUGCCAGAAGAGUCCUUUUUUAUUUUAUUUAACCUUUCUUUUCCCUUUGUCAUGAAAUUUUUGUGUUGUGUGAACAAUGAAAACUAUCAGUAUCUCUCAGCACAAACACCGAGGGACCGAGACUGAACAGGGCAUGGAGUUGCUACCUGGUCUCUUCAGGGAUGUGAGAUAGAGUCAGGAGGGGGUGAGGGGAACAGAGCUGGGAAACCGCAGACUUUUCUCUUGAGAGCCAGAGAUCUGAGGCUGAGAACUGUGAACUUGCUGCACCAAUACCAGAGAGAGACAGGAAUUGCCCUGUGAGUGCUGGGUGAAGUCAUCCCUGAAAUCUAAAGCAUUACAAAUGAUGCCCCAAGAGGAGUGAUGAGGGGAGGAUGCAACAUCUCCAGAUUACUGAGAGGAUGGGGCUGGGCAGAGACAAGAAGGAGAAAAGUAAACAGGCCUGGGCCAGCCUUGAAGCCAGGCUAACCCCCAUCAUAGAGGCCAGAGGGAGACAAGGAGCAUGACAGCCCAGCUGGUCACUCUCUCCCCAUCUAUCAGUGUAUCCUGUGUGGGGAUGACUGAGAUGUUGUCUUCCCCACACUGUACCCCUCUAAUCUCAGCUCCUUGGAUUCCCUGCUUUCGGAGUGGAUUACCUGGGUCCCAGCAUCUCUCUUGGAUUCUCUGCACUUUUCUGCCAGUUUGUAAAUGUUGCUCUACUGCUAGUGUAUGAGGGAUUUGGGUGCAACAAUGUGCUGUCCUGGGGAUGAAAAGUACUGUGCUGAGCUGGAUGAGGAAAGGAGUCUGUCUUUGUUUGUCCUUUGGAAUAAUAAAGUAAAAUUUAUUUUCUCACA